CCCUUGACGGGAAUUGUAGUUCCCGGCGGCUGAGGGGGAAGCCGGACUCGCUUCCCAGCGUGCCGCGCGCAAAGCCCGCGCGCUAGCUGGCUCACCUCGGGGCUGUCUUGCUGUCGGGCUUGGUGAGGGAGGCGGGCGGGCGAGAAGGAGAGAAAGCGAGCGUGCAGGCGGGAGGUCGGGGAAAGAGGAGCCAGAGCGGCGGCCAGCGCCGCUGCCGUCACGACGACCCGGACAACGAGGUGGUUGCGCGGCGGGGGAAGGGCUUGAAGCGAGGCGGCGUGAAGCGAGGCGGCGGCGGCGGCGGCGGCGGGGCUGAGUCCGACCAUGUCGGGCGAGGAGGAAGCGGCCGAGCUGACGAUCGCGGAAGACGCGGUCGUGAACAAGUACAAGAUGGGGGGAGAAAUCGCCAACCGAGUCUUGCGUACUGUGGUAGAGGCAGCUAAAUCUGGAGUGUCUGUUCUCAGCUUGUGUGAGAAAGGGGAUGCCAUGAUCAUGGAAGAGACUGGCAAAAUCUUUAAGAAAGAGAAGGAUAUGAAGAAAGGUAUUGCCUUCCCCACAAGUAUAUCGGUAAAUAACUGUGUCUGUCACUUCUCCCCCUUGAAGAGUGACCAGGAUUACAUCCUCAAAGAUGGUGAUUUGGUCAAAGUUGACCUAGGAGUCCAUGUUGAUGGCUUCAUAGCAAAUGUAGCACACAGUUUUGUCAUUGAUGCAUCAAAGGAAAAUCCAGUGACGGGUCGCAAAGCAGAUGUCAUCAAGGCUGCUCACCUCUGUGCUGAGGCUGCCCUUCGUCUGGUCAAGCCUGGAAAUCAGAAUUCACAAGUGACAGAUGCCUGGAACAAGAUAGCUCACUCAUUUAACUGCACACCAAUUGAAGGGAUGCUAUCACACCAGCUGAAGCAGCAUGUGAUAGACGGAGAAAAGACCAUCAUUCAGAACCCCACAGACCAGCAAAGAAAGGACCAUGAAAAAGCUGAGUUUGAGGUCCAUGAAGUUUAUGCCAUUGAUGUUCUCAUCAGCACUGGAGAAGGAAAAGCCAAGGAUGCUGGACAGAGAACUACAAUUUACAAAAGGGAUCCUUCCAAGCAGUAUGGUUUGAAAAUGAAAACUUCCCGUGCCUUUUUUAGCGAGGUGGAGAGACGCUUUGAUGCUAUGCCGUUCACUCUCAGGGCAUUUGAGGAUGAGAAGAAGGCAAGGAUGGGGGUAGUAGAAUGUGCCAAACAUGAGCUGCUCCAACCUUUUAAUGUCCUUUAUGAGAAAGAAGGAGAGUUUGUUGCCCAGUUUAAGUUCACAGUGCUUUUAAUGCCCAAUAGUCCUAUGAGGAUAACCAGUGGGCCCUUUGAGCCUGAACUCUACAAAUCAGAAUUUGAGGUGCAAGAUGCAGAUCUGAAGGCACUCUUACAGAGCUCAGCAAGCCGCAAGGCCCAGAAAAAGAAGAAAAAGAAGGCCUCUAAGAAUGCUGAGAAUGCCACGACAGGGGAAACAGCAGAAGAGAAUGAGGCCGGUGACUGAAUGGUUCUGGCUUCCUCUACAGAGCACCUGAUCCUUCCUCUCACAUGCCCCCUACUCAAAACAAGAGAAACAAAUAUCCCUUAAUGGCUGUUUGUCUUAUAGGACCAAAUGACAAAUAGCUUGGACUUCCCACAGAGUGCAACCAGCUGUGACUGACAUUGCCACUGAGGGAGGAGUCUCUUGGCCAUUUCCAAAUACUCUUAAAAGUGUGAACUAAUAAAAUCAGGAAUAAAACCUACUCUACAUCCAAUAUUUCUAGCCUUUGAUACUAGUUUUGCUCAUUAGAGGUGAACAAAUACAGUUCUGAGCAGAACAGGAAGCUUUAUUUUAUCCCCUCCCCCUCCUCUUGCAGGUACGCUGAUUCCUCUGAAAAAUUCUUUGGCAUCAUUUCACAACUGUUCAAACAUGCAAAAUUCCCACCCUAGGUUUAUAAACACAUGAUACGGAGGUAACACAAUUCGCAUGCCUUCUUGCUGUUCUGGUCUUCAGUCAUUUUCCCCCUACUUAAUACUCUAACAUUUGCUCCUUUUUGUGUUCUCAAACUCUCAAUAUUGUGUUUUAAAAGGAGGCUGGAAGUUGAUUUAAAUAUCUUUUUCUGGAUAGACAACAUCAUUUGGUGUCUGUCUACAAACUUUUAAUUUUUUCAAUCUGUUUUUUAUUAUUAUUUUAGUAUAGCCCCAGUGCAAACAUACAUUAAGUAUCUUGCCAAAUCUUUCCCAAGAGCAAGAGACAGUAAAAUGGAUUGAUAUAAAAGCCCUUUAGCGCUCAAGUUAAGGCUUUUUUUCAUUGGAAGGGAUGUGUUCUGCACCCCGCGGUUCCCCCAAUUAAAAACUUGCCACUUGAUAAGUUGUAAAGAACAGGAUUUUUCAGAAGAAUCACAUGUCUUUUUCUACAUAAAUGAAAGAAGCGUUUAAAAAGUGGUUGGACCUGGAAUAAGCUCCAUUUGUGGGAAUCUCUUUUCUAUAGUAUGUCUUUUUAAAUUGUCCAGUUAAAUUGUAUAUGAUUGUGUGGGAUUUUUUUUCUAUUGUAUUCCAAAUCAGGUCCUUGUCUAGGCACUUAAUGUUGCUGAACUGAUACUUGUAAAACUGCCUUGUAAAGAAAGGAGAGCACUUGUUCUCUCUGACUGACAAAGUCCUUUUGACCAGUAUAUUUGGAGUUUAAUACUUUAAAAAUAUCCUACAGUUCUUACCAAAGUUGAAGUCCAUAAAAUAAAAUAAACCAGUGUCAUUUCCCCCCCGCCCGAAAAGUCCUUCCCAUCUGUCUUUGUAAACUUUCUACUUUAAUUUCUAAUCUCUUCUCUUUUGUUAAUGGUUGCUUUCACCAUUGGGGGAGAUGAAAUGGGGAACACAUUGAGUGGAGGCUGUGUCUUGUGGAAGUCGGGCAUGGAGGGUCAUGCACAAGACUUGCAAUUAACUGCCAGUUUGGUUUUACACUGCUCCCUAUUGUUAACCAUGAACUUAAGGGAAAUGGAUGGGUGGGUGGGAAAACAACUUGUUCCUUACAAGGAACAUUUUAGCAUUUCUAAGUAAUAAGUUUUCUUAUUGCCCUUCUGUAAAGGAGAGCCUGUGUUCAGCCACAUUACCAGUUUAUAAACCACUAAGACUGCCAGGCGGUUUAUUUAAUUUUCUAUCUUUAUUUUGAAAGCAGUUGUAUCUCUUGAAUUUAAAAUGAUGCAGUUGGACGUUUUGGAAGAAAAUUCCCACCAAUUGUUCUGUAAUUUGAUUUUUUUUCCAAAUAAAAUUGAUUAGAAGCCUA